CCUGCCCUGUUACGCCGCGUUGUUCUCAUCCACCCACCGCCGCGAUGAUGUCCCAGUCUCUCCGCGCGUCGCGCUCUCUGCUCUCCCGCGCCACCCGGCAACAGGGCUCUGUGGCCCGCCGGACCUUCCUCACAACCGUCGUGCGUCGGGCCGACCCCGUGCAGGACCUGUACCUCCGUGAGCUGCGUGCCUACAAGCCGACCCCCGUCAAGGCCAGCGACGCCGAGGCCCAUGUGCAGAAGUUCCGCGUGCCCCAGGCUCCCCAGUCCCCCGAGGAGGCCAACCUUGCCAACGAGCUGGGCGCCUACGAGGCCCAGCAGGUCGAGGUUGAGGGCCAGGCCGCCAGCGGCGAGGCCGCACCCGUUGAGGAGAGCUGGUUCGAGGAGGAGCCUGAGGAGGAUGCCCACGCUGCCCACUAAAUGUGCUGCUGAGGGCUCCUAAUAUUUCGCAUGGCUUCCCCGACGAACCUGUAAAUUAACCUCAUGGCAUUUUUCUUCUUUCCUUCUACUCUUUUUUUUUUUUUU